UAAAUCUCACCCACUCUUCUCUUUCUCACACAACAAUUCUUCAAUUCACAGUCUUUAAUCUUCCUACUCUCUAUUACUAAACCCAGUUUUCGAUUCCAAAGUUCAGUUUCAAUGGCACCAAAAGCAGAGAAAAAGCCAGCGGAGAAGAAACCAGUAGCAACAGAGGAGAGAAAGGCCGAAAAAGCACCAGCAGAGAAGAAGCCAAAGGCAGGAAAGAAGCUUCCAAAGGAAGCAGGCGCAGCUGGUGCUGAUAAGAAGAAGAAGAGAGCAAAGAAGAGUGUAGAGACUUACAAGAUCUACAUUUUCAAGGUGCUGAAACAAGUUCACUCUGAUAUUGGGAUUUCAAGCAAGGCUAUGGGAAUAAUGAACAGUUUCAUUAAUGAUAUAUUUGAGAAACUUGCUCAGGAAUCUUCUAGAUUGGCUAGGUAUAAUAAGAAGCCUACUAUUACUUCUAGGGAAAUUCAGACUGCUGUUAGGCUGGUUUUACCUGGUGAGUUGGCUAAACAUGCUGUUUCUGAAGGUACUAAGGCUGUUACCAAGUUUACUAGUUCUUAGAAUUGAAAAAUGUUAGGUUUUUAAGUUUUUGCUUGUUCAAUGAUGUAUUGAAUAGAUGAAUCGUUUUUGAUUAAAUUUCUGUUGUUAUAACUGUAUUAAUGAACCGUUUUGAUUAAAUUUAUAUUGCAGAGGGUACAAUUAUUUUA